AGAGUUCCUCUUUUCUUUGGCUGAUGCUGAUCUUGAAGUAUAACCCCAGCCCCUCGUCAAACUUGUGAGGUGUGAGUGUAAUAGUUUCCUCUUCCUGGUCCUGUUUUCACACAGUUUCUAUGCUCGAAGGCAUUUGUCCCUUCUAUACGAUACAUGACCUGGAUAAUGACAGACACAUAGAUGGACCCAGCUCCCGAGCAGCUGGUGUAUGACAAUCUUUCUGGACGAGGGACGACCACUGAGAGCUACCACGCAUGAUCCCACCGUGGACACAACCAAGACAUCAUGGGUUGUAUAAAAUCGAAGAAUUCUACAGGUCUGCCAGCGAAGACCUGGGAUCCAAAUCCUACAACGGAACGCCACCCUGUCUACGUUAGAGACCCCACAUCCAUUAACUUUACCAAUAAACCAGAGAUUCCAACUUCGAACAUCAAUACAGGAGAAGAUGUUGUGGUGCUGGUGGCUUUGUACGAUUAUGAAGGUGUUCACCCGGGAGACCUGUCUUUUAAUAAAGGAGAUGAAUUCCACCUGAUAGAGGAGUCCGGAGAGUGGUGGAAAGCACGCUUGACGAGGACUGGAGAAGAAGGUUCUAUCCCAAGUAAUUAUGUUGGACGAGUGGAUUCUCUUGAGUCUGAAGAUUGGUACUUUAAAGGUGUGGGUCGGAAAGAAGCAGAGAGACAGCUACUGUCCCCUGAAAAUAGAAGUGGAGCCUUCAUGAUCCGAGACAGUGAAACGAUGAAAGGAUGCUAUUCCCUCUCUGUUAGAGAAAGUAAUGUAGUGAAACAUUAUAAAAUUCGAACUUUGGAUGACGGUGGGUUCUACAUCACCACUCGCAUCACGUUUCGCUCCCUUCAAGAGCUGGUCAACCACUAUAAGAGGCAGAUGGACGGACUGUGCCACUGUCUCACAGUGCCUUGUCAGACCGCGAGGCCUGAGAAACCGUGGCAAAAAGAUGCUUGGGAGAUCCCACGUGAAUCGCUAUCCUUGGAAAAGAAGCUCGGAGCCGGACAGUUUGGAGAUGUUUGGCUGGCCACGUAUGACGGCCACACUCAGGUUGCCGUGAAGACCAUGAAGCCUGGCACUAUGUCUGCUGGGGCUUUUCUCGAGGAGGCCAACCUGAUGAAGACAUUGCUGCACGAUCGCCUGGUUCGCCUGCAUGCGGUGGUAACCCACAGAGAGCCAAUAUAUAUCAUUACUGAGUACAUGCAGAAAGGCAGCCUGUUGGAUUUCCUAAAGAGCGAUGAAGGAAACCAACAGCCCCUGCACCAGCUCAUCGAUUUCUCUGCUCAGAUUGCUGAAGGAAUGUGGUACUUGGAGAAAAAAAAUUAUAUUCAUCGUGACUUACGAGCUGCAAAUUGUCUUGUGUCUGAGUCCUUGGCAUGCAAGAUUGCAGAUUUUGGUUUAGCAAGAGUAAUCGAGGACAGCGAGUAUACUGCCAGGGAGGGUGCCAAGUUCCCGAUUAAAUGGACAUCUCCAGAAGCUGCCAAUUAUGGCUCGUUUACCAUAAAGUCAGACGUUUGGUCUUUUGGGAUCCUUAUGAUGGAAAUCAUCACUUACGGGCGGACUCCUUAUCCAGGUAUGUCCAAUCUGGAGGUAAUCACAGCUCUGGAGCGUGGAUAUCGGAUGCCGUGUCCUCAGAAUUGCCCAAAGGAGUUCUACAAUGUAAUGUUGCAGUGUUGGCAGCAAAUCCCAGAGCAAAGACCAACAUUUGAAUAUUUGCAGGGCGUCCUUGAAGAUUUUUUCACAGCCACUGAGAGCCAGUACCAACCCCAACCCUGAGCCUAAAAUCACCAUCCCAUAUGGACAACGUAAACGCCAAUCCUGCUAUUUCCAUCUGCUGUGACACUUUGAGAUUCUAAUAGAAACUUGUUGGUCUUGCGAUGACCUCUCUUCUGGUAGUUCUCCAUGCCAAAUCAGCUCCGUUAACCCAACAUCUCCUUUAUUCUGCCUGAGUCUUUGUAACAGAAAUCUGCACCUACGGGACGCUUUCAGCAUCAACACAAUCUGUGAUUUCCUGACACAGGGAAUGAUGUGCAUUCACACCAUGUUUUUCCUAACUCCAAUCACUUCCAAAGCAAAUGGACAAAAUCAUGGCUGUGGAUACUUAAAGCUUAUAUCAUGCAAGCAGGAAAGAGACAGCGCAAAACGUGUGAUCUCCACUGGACUCAGAACCAUUCUCUCUACCCGCUAAUCCUCCCAAAAAUUGUGAAAAAAUGUGACACA